AUGGGCUGCGCCCCGAGCAUCCACACUUCCGAAAACCGGACGGCGCAGGACGGCCGCAAGGAGGCCGAAGACGCGCCGGCACUCGCGGCGCCACCACCGCAGCCCAGCAGACACAAGGGGUCGCGCCCCCGACCCAGCCUGAAGUCUGCCCCCUCGACCCGAGUCUGCGUCGCUGCCCUCGCGGAGCCGGAGCCUCGCGGCAGCAGCGACAACAAAGUAGCUGUAGCUGAUGUGCAGUUUGGCCCUAUGAGAUUUCAUCAAGAUCAACUUCAGGUGCUUUUAGUGUUUCCCAAAGAAGAUAGCCAGUGUAACGGAUUCUCUAGGGCCUGUGAAAAGGCAGCGUUUACCUGUACAGUCACCAAGGAGCCUCAGGCUGUCCUUGCCUGCUUCCUGGACAAACAUCAUGACAUCAUCGUCAUAGACCACAGACAUCCCAGACAGCUGGACGCAGAUGUGCUGUGCAGGUCUAUCAGAUCAUCAAAACUCUCAGAAAACACAGUUAUUAUUGCUGUUGUACGCAGGGGGGAUAGAGACGAGACAUCUGUUAUGCCCCUCAUUGCUGCUGGCUUUACAAGGAGGUUUGUAGAAAACCCCAGCGUCAUGGCCUGUUACAAUGAGCUGAUCCAAUUGGAGUUUGGAGAAGUGCGAUCCCAACUGAAACUCAGGGCUUGUAACUCAGUAUUUACUGCAUUAGAGAAAAGUCAAGAAGCAAUUGAAAUUACAAGUGAAGACCACGUCAUACAGUAUGCAAAUCCUGCAUUUGAAACAACAAUGGGCUAUCAGUCCGGUGAAUUGAUAGGGAAGGAGUUAGCUGAAGUGCCUAUAAAUGAAAAAAAGUCUGAUUUGCUCGAUACUAUAAAUUCAUACAUCAGGAUUGGCAAGGAAUGGCAAGGAAUUUACUGUGCCAAAAAGAAAAACGGAGAUAAUGUACAACAAAAUGUGAAGAUAAUACCUGUCGUUGGACAGGGAGGAAAAAUUAGACACUAUGUGUCCAUUAUCAGAGUAUGCAAUGGCAACAGUAAGGCUGAGAAGAUCGCUGAAUGUGUUCAGUCCGACAGUCUCACAGAUAUGCAGACCGGCAACCUUCUUAAAGACAAGAGAAAAGACUCACUAGAUGUCAGAUCUCUUGCCAGCCGAUCAGGUGAAGUUGCCAGUCAGAGACGACACUCCUCCUUGGCCCGGAUCCAUUCCAUGACAAUUGACGCGCCCAUCACCAAGGUCAUCAAUAUUAUCAACGCUGCCCAAGAAAGCAGUCCUAUGCCUGUGACGGAAGCCUUAGACCGAGUGCUGGAAAUCCUAAGAACCACUGAAUUAUAUUCCCCACAGUUCGGUGCUAAGGAUGAUGACCCUCAUGCUAACGACCUUGUAGGGGGCUUAGUGUGUGAUGGGUUGCGAAGACUAUCAGGGAAUGACUAUAUUCUUUCAUCAAAGAACCUUCACCAGAUUUCAAGCAGGAUAAUCAAUCCCAUCUCCCUUCAAGACGUCCCAUCACAGAUAACUCAAACCAUGGAAAAUGAGGAAUUCUGGGACUUUGACAUUUUUGAACUGGAGGCUACCACCCACAAGAGACCUUUGAUUUAUCUUGGUCUCAAAAUAUUUGCUCGCUUUGGAAUCUGUGAAUUCUUAAACUGCACUGAGUCAACGCUCAGAUCCUGGUUACAAAUUAUCGAAACCAAUUAUCAUUCCUCUAACCCGUACCACAAUUCUACACAUGCCGCAGAUGUGCUACAUGCGACGGCCUAUUUUCUGUCCAAAGAGAGGAUAAAGCAAUCUUUAGAUCCAGUGGACCGGGCUGCUGCCCUCCUCGCAGCCACCAUUCAUGACGUGGAUCACCCCGGGAGAACCAACUCUUUCUUGUGUAAUGCCGGAAGUGAGCUGGCCAUCUUGUAUAAUGACACUGCGGUCCUGGAGAGCCACCAUGCAGCGCUGGGUUUCCAGCUGACCAUUCAGGAUGAUAAAUGCAAUAUCUUUAAAAACAUGGAGAAGAACGACUAUCGGGUGCUGCGCCAGGGGAUUAUUGACAUGGUUUUAGCCACAGAGAUGACAAAGCAUUUCGAGCAUGUCAACAAGUUUGUCAACAGUGUCACCAAGCCCUUGGCAUUGCUAGAAGAAAACAAGGAAACUGAUAAAGAUCGGGAAGCAAUAAACAGUAUGCUCAGGAUGCCAGAGAACCGGACUCUGAUCAAACGGAUGCUGAUUAAGUGUGCUGAUGUUUCCAACCCCUGUCGGUCCCUGGAGUUCUGCAUCGAGUGGGCUGCACGCAUCUCAGAAGAAUACUUCUCUCAGACUGAUGAAGAGACGCAGAAAGGCUUACCUGUGGUGAUGCCGGUUUUUGACAGAAACACCUGCAGCAUUCCCAAGUCCCAAAUCUCUUUCAUAGACUACUUCAUCACAGACAUGUUUGAUUCUUGGGAUGCCUUUGUGGACCUGCCGGAUUUAAUGCAGCACCUGGACAACAACUUCAAGUACUGGAAAGGACUGGACGAAAUGAAGCUGCGCAGCCUCCGGCCCCCUCCCCAAUCGCAUCACACUGCCCAGCUUUGA